UCCGGUGCUGCAAGAUGGCGGAUUCGGCGGAGGCUGAGGCCGAGGCCGGGGAGCAGCUCAGCAAGAAAGCCCGGCUGGAGGCUGGAGCAGGCCGGACCGACACCCACACCAGGGCCGAGGAGCCGGCCGAGGAAGCGCGGAGGAGGCGAGCGGCUGGGGCCGAGCGCCAGGACUGCGGGCCAGGGGGAUGCUAUAAUCCGGAGAGCGGGGCGGCACCGGGGGCAGCCAACUUACCUGUGGGACAUGUGGUAAAUGCUGCUUCAGAGGAAAUUGUUCCAAAUGGAAUUCGUUCAUGGGAAAGUGAUGAAGAUGACAAAACCUCGCAUGCUAGCUCAAGUGACUGGACUCCACGUACCCGGAUAGGUACAGGUCCUUAUAGUUUUGUCCAGCAACAUCUUAUGCUGGGUACAGACCCACGGUCUAUCCUGAAGGAUCUGUUGCGAGGGAGCAGUCCUCCACCCGACCUCGAUGACAUGACAUUGUGGCAGAUUGUGCUCAACAUUUUGUCAGAGCCACCAAAACGGAAGAAGCGCAAAGAUAUUAACACCCUAGAGGACGUGGUGAGGAUCUUGAAAGAGAGCAAGAAAAUCAUGGUCCUCACUGGAGCUGGGGUUUCUGUUUCAUGUGGGAUACCGGACUUCAGGUCAAGAGAUGGGAUUUAUGCUCGAUUAGCAGUAGACUUUCCAGACCUUCCAGAUCCUCAUGCCAUGUUUGACAUUGAAUACUUUAGAAAAGACCCCAGACCGUUUUUUAAGUUUGCAAAGGAGAUUUAUCCUGGUCAGUUCCAGCCAUCUCUUUGUCACAAAUUUAUAGCCUUGCUGGAUAAGCAAGAGAGGCUGCUGCGGAAUUACACCCAGAACAUAGAUACCCUGGAGCAGGUUGCUGGCAUUCGCAGGAUUGUCGAGUGUCAUGGCUCAUUUGCGAUGGCUUCUUGUCUAAUGUGCAAAUAUAAGGUCGAUUGUGAAGCAAUUAGAAAAGAUGUUUUCAAUCAGGUAGUGCCCCAGUGCCCGAGAUGUCCUCCUGAUGUUCCUCUUGCCAUUAUGAAGCCAGAUAUAGUGUUCUUUGGAGAAAACUUACCAGAGCAAUUUCACAGGAGUAUGAAAUAUGACAAAGAUGAGGUUGAUCUCCUAAUUGUGAUUGGAUCUUCCUUAAAAGUGCGGCCAGUGGCUCUCAUACCAAGCUCUAUACCACACCAUGUACCUCAGGUGCUGAUUAAUAGGGAGCCCCUGAAUCACCUUAACUUUGAUGUGGAACUGCUGGGUGAUUGUGAUGUUGUCAUUAAUGAACUAUUUCAUCGUUUGGGUGGAGAGUUUGAAGAACUUUGCAGCAUUCCAGUAAAACUGACAGAAAUCACAGAAAAACCCCCACGAUUGCAAAAAGAAUCGAAACGUCUGUCAUUUGAUCUCCCUCCCACUCCUCCUGUUUUAACAGAAGAUUCUAGUUCGUGUGAACAAGAAAUGGAGUCUCACAAACUGAUAACCAGAAAAGGUUCUACAGUUAAAAGUUAUGAACCCAUUGCAGAAUCCACUACCAGUUGUGCAAAAGAAAUUCCAGAGGAAUCGGAGAUGGAAAGAAUUUUUUAUGAAAAGGAACUGGAGAGUAAGACCCCUGUGGCAGAAAGUUCUGGAAAUUGUACCAGCAAUUUACAUGUCACCCAACCUGUUGAAGGUAGUUGUCCAAAUACUGAACACUGUGUUCCAAGUGAUAUAAAACAUGCUAAGGAAACGCUAAAAAAAAGCUGGGGCAGUAAAUAUCCAAAAGAGCAAAUCAGCAAGCGAUUGGUUGAUUCCCAGUAUCUGUUUUUGGCACCCAAUCGCUACAUUUUCCACGGUGCCGAAGUCUACUCAGACUCUGAGGGAGAUGAGGCUUCAUCUUCUGGCAACAGUGACAAUGAGUCCUGUAGCAGCAGAAGUGUUGGUGACGGAGAAGAGGAGAGUGAUGUUGAAGAAUUUUAUCAUGAGCUAGAGGAGGAUGGUAGAACUCCAUACUUUGGGACUGAGAGUGAGCAUUUUGGAGAUGGCGAUGUGUUGAGUGAAUCAGUUGAAAAUCCCACCAUGCAAGGUGAAUGUGAAGAUACUAAUCCCUUGGAGUAAGAGGCACAAUUGCAUGAUUCUGUUAUGUUACGCUAUCCACCAGCAUUAACCACUUUUAGGACAAUUUUUAUAGCCAGUGAGCUGUCCUGGACAUACAAUGGCUGGUAAUGAUCAUGCAGAACUUCAGUCUGAAACUUCCUAUUCAGUCUAUCAUACACUGAAAACACUAGAUGACCUUUAUUAGCUACUUUUCACUGAAUAUGGUACAUCUACCAAAUACGAAUCUUGCAUAUUUGGACAACCAUUUAAUACUGAGUUCAUUGGCAUUGCCUUUAAUGUAAACUUUUAUUUUUAUGGCGGGGGGCAGAGAGUCUCUUCCCUGCCAAAAUGUUUCACUUUGUUUUAGUUUUUUUUCCAUUUUGAUUUAAAUGCUUUGAGAUGUACAGCUAUUUAAUACAGUUCUUCAGAAGCUAAAAUGAAUGUUCUGUACAUAUUUUUGUGUGUGCUUGUUCAAAAGCCAUUUAAUUGCUGAAAAGGAUAAAAGGGAACAGGUAAAAAGACCAAAGAACAGCAGGAAAUCUCAAUGACUAGAGCUGCAACAGAAGUUUAAGAAGCUCUGUUGCAGAAUUUAUUUUAGAGCAGUGGGUGGUUUGUUGAAGCAUAUCACAUUUUGUUUUUCCAGUUUGUAUCUUCUCUCAUGAAACAGUAGUUAUAAUGUUUUCUAUGAGAUGAGCUGGCAGCUAAUUUAUACACCAAGGUUACUAUUUUUCAUUGAGUUUAAGCUGUAUAUUAGAAGCUGGUAAGUACUUUUGAGGCAUACUCAAGUUGAGUGGAUUUAAGAACAUUUUUACACUAUGUAGCCUUAUAGAGAUUUGUAGGGUUUGCUCUUGGUGCCAGUUCUGCGCAGACCUGGUUCCAGGUUUGGUACGUAGCAGAUUCAUGUCGUUCCUUGCAUUUUCUUCCUGUGGAAAUGAGAUGUAAAAUGUGUAAUUUUAAUAACUGAAGUGUUUGGACACCAUUGCAGAAUUGAAGAUGGAACACUGAAGUAAGACUGAGCUCUAGUUCCUGCUGAAGUGCCUACAUUCUGACUCCCCAUUGUAUUGGAAGGCUAAAUUAUUUUCUUUAAAUUUUUUGACCUAUUGUUAAUUGCAAAUAAUAAGCAGAGCAGUUUAAUGAAAUCUUAAAUAACCUGCCAGAUAUGAAUUAUGCAAUUUUUUUUUACACAAAUGUUUUAUUAAAUAGGUCCUUUAUAAUGUGUUGGUCGACUGAUUCUAUAUUCUGCCAAAUAAAUAGUGUAAGUACAGUCUGGCAUAUAGAAGAAAUCUUUGUUUAAACAUUAAAAUGGGUGUAUUACAUUUUGCUAAAAAAUUGUAAGAAUUAAAAUCUAGCUGAGGAUGUUAGAAGUUGGUAAAGGGUUUUGUUUUGUAAUGAUCCCCUUCAGUGAAAGAGCUAAAAAUUUUGACUUAUUUUUGCACUCUACAAGAACUAAACUAAAAUUUGGCUUGGAGACAAAUUUCUCUCCUUGCCCCAUCCAUAUCUGGGGCACUGACAUUUUGACACAUCUGGAAUUGUUUAUCUCAAUGUUUUUUUUUAUAUGGCAUAAAUUGCCUUUUUAUUUUGUACUCUGAUUUCCAGAGAUACCGCUCACUGUUCUUCAAAUGUGUAAAACUCUAGCUAGUUUUUAUUGGGGAAGGGGGAGGUGGGGGAAAUUAAAAAGAGAAGCAUGGUUAAAAACCUCCAACAAUUAAAAAGUUUGGUAAAAUAAGACUAUAAAUGCUUUCCAUUGUGCUAGUCUUGGCUUUGACUGAUGUGGGAGAGAAAAACUUUGCUAACCUCAGUUAUCUCAAGGUAAUGCAGCACUGUAGCAGGUUUAGAUCCGUAUGUUAUGUUCUUUUUGUUCUUCAGCUGAGAAACAACAGAGGCCGCUGCUGCCUAGUCCAAUCUGGUUUACCCUGGAAUA